CUGCCCGGUCAGCAGCAUGCAGUAAUCGAUUUUUGCCUUCGCCAAUUUCUUCGUCAGAUAGUCUGCGGCCAUUUCUGUCGUAAGGCAGUAACUGAGUUGAAGUCUCCCCUUCGCGAUGUCAUCCUUGACGAAGAAGUACCGCAGGGCGAUGUGUUUGGUUCGGUUGGCGAAGCCGUCCUUGUUCGCGAUUUUGAUCGCAGAUUGGUUGUCGCAGAGGAGUGAGAAGACGGGCAGGGUCGCAAUCUUCGCUUCCUCUAGCAACUCUCGUAGGUAGAGUCCUUCCUUGGUCGCAGUACAGAGGGCGAUAUAUUCUGCUUCAGCCGAAGAUAGUGCGAUUAGUUCCUGCUUGCUCGACUGCCAGGAGAUAGUCCCGAUAGGUUCUAGUCGGUAGAUGUAGCCCGUUCUCGAUCGUCGAUUUUCCUUGUCUCCCGCGUGGUCGGCGUCGACGUAUCCGAGUAGUCGUACGGACGGUGUCGUUACUUUGCUGUAGGUGAGCCCGGUCGUCGGCGUGGAGACGAAGUAGAGUAGUGCCCGAUUAAGUUCCUCGAGAUCUUCUUGUUCCGGCUGCUUCAGAUGCGUCGCCAGUUGGCUCGCGUUAUAAGAGAGAUCGGGCCGGCAGGUUACUGCUGCGAAUAGUAGGCAGCCGAGCUUCUGCUGAUACUCCUGGAUUUGCUUCGCGGGGAGUUUUGCGGAGGUGCUGUUGUUGUUCCCGUAGCGGUAGGGAGUCGGGACCGUAGUCGGCGUUAGACCGAAUUUUUUCGCGACAGUGCCUGCGUACUUUCCAGCGUGUAGGUAGAGCGCCGAGUUGUCUUCGACGACAUUCAGUCCCAGGUACUGGGUCACUUCGUCGGACACCAUGAGUGUCAAGUCCUCUUUCAGCUCCCCUUUGAACCAGGUGGCGAUGUCGGUAGUGGAACCGAUGUAGAGCAGGUCGUCGACGUAAACGAUGAGUAGGAUAUACUCUCUUCCCUUUUGCAGUCGGUACAUGCCUUGGUCAUGCGGCAGCUGUAGGAAUCCGAUUUUUACGAGGCGACCGUGAAGAUGCUGCUGCCAGAGCCGCGGGGCUUGCUUGAUCCCGUAUAGGGAUUUUACCAGCUGGCAUACUGUCGUGGGGUCGUCGAUGAAUCCGUGGGGUUGCUCGACGAAGAUCUCAGCGUCCACAGAGCCUGUGACAGAGUCGAGGGCUCACGCGGAGAUGGCGGCGGCGGAUGCUGGACGGAGACCCAUAGGCCGAGUAUCUGCAGUCCUGUUGGUGUGUGUCGAGGGGAAUUUUCAUUCCCGGAAUAGGCUGCUUCGUCACCGUCUUCUGGAUCAGCAGGUGCGGUGAUGCGUUGUUGGGAAGCGAUGACGAGGACAACAGGUUGUGCAGGUGGACUGCAUGUGUCAUGGCGUCUGGCCACAGUGUGGUGGGUAGUCUCAUCCCCAGGAGCAGCUUCUGCAUCGUCGUCUGCAAGGUCCGGUUCAUGCGUUCUGCGACCCCUUGCUGCUGGUGAGCGUAGGGCAGAGACACCAGGCGUCUGAUUCCUCUUUCCGCCAGAUAGGUCCUGAAGCGUUGUGACUUGUAUUCCAGUGCACCGUCUGACUGGAAGCUCUUAAGCUUUGUUCCUGAUUCUCGUUCAGCGAUGGGUAGCCAUGUUGUGAAGGCGUCGAAGGCUUGAUCACGCGUCUUGAGGUUGUAGUGCCAGACGUAUCUUGUUGCUGCGUCGAUAAACGCGAUGACAUUGUUGAAGUCGGCUUCAGUGUCUUCUCGAGGCAUGUUUAAAAUGUCGCUGUAGACUUUUUCCAUCGGUGCGUAUGCAGGUGCGCUUGGGUUGUGAUGAGAUGGGAAAGACUGGUGGGGAAGAUCGGCUUCGGGGCACGUAAAGCACCGUGCGCAUGGUCGUCGAAGUUCUUGGCUGCUCGUUGUUAGGAGGGCGUUGCGUUCUAACACUUCUGCUUGGAUGGUUUGCAGUAUUGUACUGUUUGCAGGGUGCCCGAGUCGUUGGUGCCAGAUGUCAUCGGGAGCGCGAUGGCCGGGCGAGCGGUGGUAUAUGUCGGUGUUGGAGAAGAACGCGACGACCGUGGCGGGACUUCGACAGACUUUUCGUGUGAUGGGCAUAAGUUGAUCUGCUUCGGUUGGCGGUCCUCGGAUCGCUGGUGGUGGUACUCGGCUGAGUCCUGCUGCUGCUACUGCCGGUAUGGUGUUGGAGUGCCAGAACCCAUCAGGGUCGAAGUCGGGGUCAAGAUCCGGCGGGUGUGUCCAGGCGGCGAACGACACGAUUCCGUCGCUGUCGGCAGUACCGCGGUCGGGGACGAAGUCCAACACGAAGACGCCGGACUUCAGGAGAGCACGACCGAUGAAGAGACCGCCCUUCCCGUGGUAAAGGCGAAACUCGUUGGAGUAGGAGUCGCACUCCAGGUUUUCGUUGUUGGUGACGGUGAUGAUGACGUCGCGGGUGAGGCGUCGCUCUCGUUGCACGAAGCGUCCGGAAGAACACAUGUGUUGACCACAGCAGCUGUCCAAGAACCAGGUGUUUCGCCCGGUGGGUUCGGCGUUGGCGACCGCAGCGUAUGUCGGGUUGACCUCAAGUUCUUGUGAGCGCGGCGGCGGAAGUUCUUCUUCGUCUGAUGUGGAAGAGCGCCUUGGAGGGCUUUCUUGAGUGGAGGCGACGUGUGGGUCUACUGGACGAUAAACACGAGGAGGUGUGCAGUUGACUUCGGAAUGUCCGGAAGUCUGACAGUUGUGGCAGAACGGUGGCACAAAGGUCCAUCUCCUGUUGUUCAGCGUGAAGCUCGGCGCAGAGGUGCAUCUCCGAUAUCCUUCCGUGGGCGCGAAGAAGCGAGCGUGUGGUUCUCCAUUCUGGCCCGAGCCCGGCGAGGACAAGCGUCACGAAGCUUUCUUCAGUGAUUGUUCCUCCGCACCGAAGCAGGCGGUCGCGGAGGGUCUGGCAGCGACUCAUAUACUGCAUCGCCUUUUCCCCGGUCUUCAUCUGUAUUGUUGUCAGUUGUUGCAUGAGUCUGCUUUGUGUCACGCUGUCGUUUGCUUGAUAGAGACACUUGAGAUGAUGCCAUGCGAGUUCCGCGGAGUUUCCAUAGCUGCGAUAUGUUCUGAUGCUCUGCUGUUCUUGUGGUGACAGGUUCCGCAGGAGAAAUGUGUACGCCAGCAGCGACUGAUAAGUAAAUAUUUCUUGCUCCUUUGCAGUGCCGUUGCUUGGGAAUGGCAGGGACCCGUUGAAGUAUCCCAAGAGAUGCGCAGCCUCCAUCAGCAGCUCGAACUCAAAGCUCCAGUUGCUGUUGGUUGGGCACGGGGCGGCAUGAACUCGAAUGUCCCCGGUGAAGAGUGAUAAGGUGCAAAGGCGUCCUUGUCUGCUGCUACUGGUCGAAGUGCGACAUGAAGCUGAAGAACCUUUCCAUAAGGUUCGGAUCCACGCUUGAAGAGGGUGAUGGGGUCACCAUUUCCGGUGUUCUUCCUGUUGUUUCUUGAGCAGCGCCGGUCUCGGUUUGCAGUCCUGAAGUAUGCAAUCCAGAGUUGCCGGGUUGAAUGUCUUGGGCGCUGGGUGAGCCCGUAGAGAUUUUCUUGCCCUUGCUGUCCAUGACUUGUAAUCAAUGAAUUCGUUGAAUUGCAGAUUGUAGAUAGAGCAUAGUUGCUGGGAGUUUGGUCUCUGACCAGCUCUCAUACCAUGUUGGGCUGAGAAAAGCCCUUAGGAUCUUUCCAGAGACUAAGUCCCAGUUGAAGAAUGAGACUUGAGUAGUGCAGCGGAAGUUGAGUAGUUGAAUUCUUGUACUAGUAUAUGAGAACAAGUGAUUGAUUAAAGAAACAAGCAUACA